AUAAGGAAAAAUCAAAGUAGAGGUCUACAGAAAGCCAUCGAAGUAAACUUUCCAGGAACUUCACCGGUUCAUACUUGCUCAAACCUCCUUCCAAGUGAUCAAUAUCCAAUUUUCCAGCCCAAUCAUGUCUCUCUGCAACUCGAGAAAACCUUUUCUCCUCUUCACUUUCCUCUUCUUUCUCAUGAUUUUUCCUUCUGCAACCCCCCUAUACUUCAAAUUUUCAAGUUUUAAUGGAUACACACGCGAUAUUCAUCUAGAAGGCACUGCAAACAUCUCAAAAGGAGCCCUCCAAAUCACCGGAUUCCCACCUGGCAAAAACCGAGUCGGUCAAGCUUGGUUUACGAAACCCAUGCUUCUGAAGGACAAGGCAACACGAAACCUCACAGACUUCAAUACCCAUUUCUCCUUCAACACUAGUCCGAAUCAAUUCGCCUAUGGUAAUGGACUUGCUUUCUUUCUUGCUCCCGAGGGUUCAUCUUUUCCCCUUAAUGAAACAAGCUAUCUUGGUUCUGCAAAUCACAACUUCACCUCCAACAAUACGGGGGAUCGGAUUCUUGCAAUCGAGUUCAAUGCCGUAAAUCCAAGUAGCGCGGCUAGUCUCAACAUCAGCAACAUUACUUACAAUGAGGUUUGUGUUCCAUUUGAUAAUACUACAAUUGCUGGUGGGAGAAUAGCUAAGGUUUGGAUUAGUUACAACUCUACCACUUUAAAAUUGAGUGUUUUCUUGACUUACGCCGAAAAUCCGGUAUUCCUUGGGAAUUCUACAGUGUCUUAUCCUAUCGGUGAUCUCGUUAGAUAUUUCCCAGAUUCGGUUUACGUUGGGUUCGCUGCAGCCUCGGGAUCUAGCGCCGUGUCCUAUAGUGUUCUUAAGUGGGAAUUCAAUUCAACUCUGGAUUUCAAUGGUGGGGAUUUAUGGAAGAAGCUAUUGAUAGUAGCAGUUCCUGUUGCUGGUGUAUCUGCUUCGAUUGUAAUCGUCUUGUUCAUUCUGUGGAAGCAUAAGAGUGGAAGGAGAAAAGAAGGCAGCCAUAUCGCCGAUGCACCAAUCGACAAUGAAUUCGAGAAGAAUUCAGGGCCUAAAAAGUAUACUUAUGGUGCAUUGGUUCGCUCAACUAAUAAUUUUGCCAAGGAAGGGAAGCUUGGAGAGGGGGGAUUUGGAGCUGUUUACAGAGGUUUCUUGCCUGAUCAGAAAAAAGAUGUUGCUGUUAAAAAGGUUUCCAAGAAAUCCAAACAAGGAGUAAAGGAAUUCGCAUCAGAGGUGAGGAUUAUUAGUCGACUGAGGCAUAGGAAUCUGGUGCAGCUUGUGGGUUGGUGCCAGCAGAAAGAAGAGCUACUCCUUGUUUAUGAAUUCAUGCCCAAUGGAAGCCUUGAUUCACAUCUCUUUAAAGCAAAAACUAUGUUGACAUGGGAGGUGAGGAACAGAAUAGUUCUAGGCUUAGCCUCUGCACUGCUCUAUCUGCAUGAAGAAUGGGACCAAUGUGUGAUCCACAGGGAUAUCAAAUCUAGCAAUAUCAUGUUAGAUUCCAAUUUCAAUGCUAAACUUGGAGAUUUCGGAUUAGCCAGACUAAUCGACCAUGAGAAAACAUCGAGAACAACUGUAUGGGCAGGGACUUUGGGUUACAUGGCUCCUGAAACUGCUCUUACUUGGAAGGCUUCCAAGGAGUCAGAUGUAUAUAGCUUUGGAAUUGUGGCUUUGGAGAUUGCUUCUGGGAGAAGGUGUGUUGAACCCAAGGCAGAAGAAGGUCAGAUGGUGUUGUUGGAGUGGGUCUGGGAGCUGUAUGGAAAAGGAAAACUUCUUAAAGCAGCUGAUCCAAAAUUUAAUAUGGAUUUCGAGAAGCAACAAAUGGACUGUUUGUUGAUUGUUGGGUUGUGGUGUGCUCAUCCUGAUUAUAAACUUCGGCCUUCGAUCAGACAAGCGAUGCAGGUCCUUAAAUUUGAAGCAUCAUUGCCUGUUCUUCCACCCAGUAUGCCUGUGAGCACAUAUGCUGUUCCUCCAUCUGUGCUUCCACCUUCGACUAGGGGAUCGACUUCACAUGGUGAACCCAUUGGAAUUACAGAUUUUGAGAUGGGUAGAACCUGAUGUUUGAAUUCCUCAAUGCCAAUCUUUUUUUUUUUUUUUUUUUUUUUCCCAUCCUUUUGGGCUCAGAGCUGAAUGCAAACAAUUUGGUCUUGGGUUUGUUAACACUUUGUUCAUGCAUCAAUCUUUAGAUGUUAUUGUUAUUUUGGAAUGGUUUCAAUUAGAAAAAUGGCAUUGCCUAUCCCCAUUA